AUGGCGCCGUCGCUGGAACUCUAUGAGAAAGCCACCGAGGGCUUGCCCGUCAAGCCGAAUGUCACCAACACUCAUGGUGUCCCGGCGGCCAUCGCUGACUUGAAGCUCGAGAGCUCCGACAAGCACGACAGGGUGUUGAAGGUGUUUAGGGCUUUUAUCGCCGACCUCUGCCAGCAGUUCAAUGGAGGACAUCCCGGCUCCGCGAUGGGCAUGGCCGCGAUUGGGGUCGCUCUGUACAAGUAUGUCAUGAAGUACUCCCCCUCAAACUGCGAGUACUUCAACCGUGAUCGUUUCGUCCUCUCCAACGGCCAUGCAUGCCUAUGGCAAUAUCUCUUCAUGCACCUCAUCGGCGUGAAGAGCAUGACAAUCGAUCAGCUCAAAUCAUACCACUCCGAGAAGACUGAUUCCCUGUGUCCGGGCCACCCCGAGAUCGAGAAUGAAGGCGUCGAAGUCACCACAGGACCGCUUGGCCAAGGCGUUGCCAACGCCGUCGGGCUGGCGAUGGCCACGAAGAACCUCGCGGCGACAUACAACCAGCCGGGCUACGAGGUCGUGAACAACAUGACGUGGUGCAUGAUUGGCGAUGCCUGCCUCCAGGAGGGCGUCGGCCUCGAGGCGGUGUCGCUGGCUGGCCACUGGAAGCUGAACAACCUCUGCAUUAUCUACGACAACAACUCCAUCACCUGCGACGGGACGGCCGACGUCGCAAACACGGAAGACAUCAACGCCAAGAUGAGGGCGACGGGUUGGAACGUUCUGGAGAUCCUCGACGGAAACUCCAACGUGGCCGCUAUUGCCAACGCUCUCAUCGCCGCGCGGAGCAGCGACCGCCCUACCUUCAUCAACAUCCACACGACGAUCGGCUUCGGUUCCGUCAAAGCCGGCGACGCAAAGACCCACGGCGCCGCCCUCGGCGUCGACGACGUCUCCAACAUCAAGGCGUCCUUCGGCCUCAACCCGGACGAGCACUUCGCCAUCCCCCAGGACGUCUACGACUUCUUCCGCGACGCCCCCGAGCGCGGACGCGCCUACGAGGCGGACUGGUCGGCCACCGUCCAGAAGUACACGGAGCGGUACCCGGAACUCGCCGCCGAGUUCAAGCUCCGUGUCGAGGGCAAGAUGCCGGACGACUGGACCAAGUACAUCCCCGCCAAGGACCAGCUGCCGACGGCGCCCACGGCCACCCGCAAGUCCGCCGGCAUCGUGGGGAACCCCCUGGGCGAGAAGAUGAAGAACUUCCUCAUCGGCACCGCCGACCUCACGCCAUCAUGCAACGUCGCCUACAACCAGAAGGUUGACUUCCAAUCCCCCGAGCUCCGGACGGCCUGCAACCUCAACGGCGACUACUCGGGCCGCUACAUCCACUACGGCAUCCGCGAACACGCCAUGUGUGCCAUCUCCAACGGCCUGGCCGCCUUCAGGAAGGGGACCUUCCUCCCCGUCACCAGCUCGUUCUUCAUGUUCUACCUCUACGCCGCGCCGGCCGUCCGCAUGGCCGCGCUGCAAGGCCUCCAGCAGAUCCACAUCGCCACCCACGACAGCAUCGGCACGGGCGAGGACGGCCCGACGCACCAGCCCAUCGCCCUCCCGGCGCUGUACCGCGCCAUGCCCAACACCCUCUACAUCCGCCCCUGCGACUCGGAGGAGGUCGCCGGCGCCUUCAUCGCCGCCAUCGGCGCCGCCGAGACGCCGACCAUCAUCUCGCUCUCCCGCCAGACCCUCACGCAGUACCCCCGGCACUCGUCGAGGGACGGCGUCGCCAAGGGCGCGUACGUCUUCGCCGAGGCCGCCGGCGACGACUUCGACGUCACCCUCAUCGGGGUCGGCUCGGAGAUGGGCUUCGCCAUGGAGACCAGGGACCUCCUCGCCGAGGAGGGCGUCAGGGCGCGGGUCGUCUCGUUCCCCUGCCAGCGCCUCUUCGAGCAGCAGUCCCGGGAGUACAAGCAGUCCGUCCUGAAGCCGCGGUCCGGCAGGCCGGCCGUCGUCAUCGAGGCCUACGCCGCCAACGGCUGGGAGCGCUACGCCGACGCGGCCUUCUCGAUGCGCCGGUUCGGCAAGAGCCUGCCGUCAAAGGCCGCGUACGACUACUUCGGCUUCCGCCCGGCGAGGAUGGCGCCCGAGAUCAAGAAGCUCGUGGAGGAGGUGCGCAGGGACGGCAUCGAGGUGCUGCGCGGGGACUUUAGGGACCUGAACGGUCCCUUGGGGGUCGGGUUUGAGCACUAG